AUGGCCAAGCUCGCUGGGCUCGGGCUGCUUCUAUCGGCCAUCCCUGCGUUGGCCGUCAUCGCGACCGUGAAUUCGCCCUGUUUGUCCAUCUGCGGAGGCACCCAAAAGACGGUCGACGGCGAGCUGAUCUGCAACGAUGGCGAUUACAAUUCCACGGUCAAGGGCCUGACGAUGAAGAACUGUCUCCUUUGCGAAAGUACCAGUACCACCUACUCCACCCAGUUCGAUAGCGACAUCUACUGGUUCAUCUUCAACCAGAAAUACACAAUCCAGGUCUGCGUCUAUGAAGACUCCCCCUCGGCCUCGCUCUCCCCCUGCGAGUCGCAAUGUCUCCCCCUGAAACCCGUCUUCGAGACCCUCUGGUGGGGCAACAACGUGUCGCUGUACAACUACUGCACGCAGAACAGCAAUGCCUUUCCCACGUACGCGAGUGGCUGUUCCGAGUGUUUGAGAGGCAAAGCUGGUUCUAAGGUCAUGGGCAAUUUCAUGGAUAAUAUGGCGUCGGCGUGCAAGACGCAACCGAACGCGACCAAGGGGGAGACGGUCACUCUGGCUCGGCCGCUGUUUGAUCUAAGCGUUGCGACGAAUUCGACUGCGACGAGUACGGCUACUACGACGGGGAUGAGUACGCCUACGUCAUCGCCAACUUCUACAUCAUCAUCCUCAUCAGGGCUAUCGGGGGGUGCAGCAGCGGGAAUCGGGGUUGGCGUUGGAGCUGGCGUGAUCCUCAUCGGGGCGUUCGUCUGGGUUCUGUUCCGGCGACGUCGUCGCGCUGCACAACAACCUCCGUCGAUGUAUCCUCCGGCUGCUCCAGGGGGAGGCCAAGAAUAUGCUCACGCGAUGCAGCAGGAAGCAGCGCCGUAUGUAUAUCCGGUAGAGAGGAAUCCUUCGGGGCUGGUGGAGGCGCCCGACACAAAUGGGCAAAAGCCAGGAGGGACAUGGGCGGCAGAAUUACCAUCAAACCAUUAA